AUGGAAGAAGACUUUGGAUGCCGACUGAAAGUGUUGGAAGGAACUAGAUUUAUUGCUUCGUGUAAUCUUGUUCAGCCUCCUAGAUGCUGUCUCCCUUACGUAGCCCAGAGUUUCUUAGUUGUAGAAUGUUCCAAGUACUCCAAGUCAAAGACCAGUUGGAACCAUUUGAUUGGUGUGAGAGUGAGAUCAAGAGAUAUAAAAAACUGGGGUUCUGUGGCAGCGCACCACACAGACACGAAAUACAUGCAAUGA